AUGGCUCCUCUAAUUUCAAUCAAGUCCUCUGACGAAAAACUAGAAAUCGUUAAUCAGCUGCUGCUGCCCCACAAAACAGAGUUUAUCGAGAUCAACAGUGUCGAGGAUGCACACGACGCGAUCAAGACCAUGAAGCUCACAUCACCCAAAAAGAUUCGUGGCGCGCCGGCCAUCGCAUCUCUCGCCGCUCUGUCCCUAUCGCAACAUGUCAGACGUAGCCUUGCUGCCUCACCACCCCCAGCGUUCCUCGAAUCUCGAGAUGCGCUCAAGACACACAUCGAUGGCAUCCUCGCGUUUCUGUUCACAGCUAGGCCGACAGCAGUCAAUCUCGGCGCCGCCACGAAACGUCUAGGGAAGACUCUGGAUGCAGGCAUCGCAGCUGGGAAGGACCCCAGGACGAUUGCGCAGGAGUUGAUCGCGGAGGGCAACGCAGUUGCCGAUGAGGACGUGGGCAGGAACAAAGAGAUGGCAAAAUGGGCAGGUGAAUGGCUGCUUCAGCGUGUUCGUGAACAAGCACCGGGCACCCCUGCUGGAGAUCUCAAUGUCCUCACGGUCUGCAAUACUGGCUCUCUCGCCACCUCUGGAUAUGGAACUGCUCUUGGAAUGAUCACCUAUCUACACGAGACCGGAAAACUCCAGAAAGCAUAUUAUACCCAAACUACGCCUUACCACCAAGGAUCGAGGUUGACUGCGUUGGAACUUCAAACACUGAAAAUUCCUUCUGUGAUGAUAUGUGAUACCAUGGUUGGCUCCCUCUUCCAGCACCACAACAUACACGCAGUCGUUGUUGGUGCCGACAGAAUAGCCAGAAAUGGAGACACUGCUAACAAAAUCGGAACAUACAACGCCGCAGUCUUAGCAGCGCGCCACAAAAUCCCUUUCAUUGUCGUCGCUCCUAUCAGUACAGUCGACCUCGACGUUGCUGAUGGAUCUCAGAUCCCGAUUGAACAGCGUCCUGCGCUGGAAGCCUGCCUUGUUCGUGGCAUCCUCUAUCCGAAUGAGGGAAAGAGCGAGCAGGUGCAGGUGAUGAUCACCCCUUCUGGCUUGGAGGGCGUGUAUAACCCCAGCUUUGACGUUACGCCCGCUGAGCUGAUCACGGCCAUCGUCACGGAGAAGGGAGUCGCAGUGAAAGCGGAGGGUGCGACUACAUUUGACUUGACACCCAUCGUUUGA